GCAACACUGCUGCUCGUCCAGACGACGUUCUCGAAAUCGCUACGACUAUUUAUUUCUAAGCAUUUCAAAGUAUUCGAAAGGAAAGAAAAGCAGCAAGAUGAAUCCAAACAGAUUAAUUUCCACAAAGUCACCAAAAAAGAGAAGUAGAGAGGAUUUUAGAAAAUCUAAACUGUUGAAGGAAGCUAGGAAAGCAGGUACUGCUCCAGCUGCUGUCGAUGAAGAAGGAAGAGACAUUAAUCCUCACAUUCCACAAUAUAUAGCAACUGCUCCUUGGUACUUUGGUUCUUCCUGUCCCACUCUGAAACAUCAGCGACCUCAGCCGGAAAGACAACAAAGUUAUACGAAGAUCGAAGAACAUUUUGUUAGAGGACUAAAGGCAAAGACAGCCACGAAAUACAGAAAACGAGCUUGUGAAAACUGUGGGGCUUUAACUCAUACAAAGAAAAACUGUUUUGAGCGGCCAAGAAAAAUUGGUGCCAAAUUCACAAAUGAAGAUAUUGCCGAAGACGAAGUUAUUUUGCCAGAUUUAAAUUUGGACUACGAUGGAAAGAGAGAUCGAUGGAACGGAUAUGACCCUGCAAAUUAUCAAGCCAUUGUGGAAGAAUUUGCAAAAGUCGAAGAGGCUAAAAGGCAAUUGAAAAAGAAAAAAUUAAAGCAAGAUCUUUUAUCUGGUAAAGUUAGCACUAUAAAAGAAACAAAUAAUGAUGGUGAUACAGGUGAUGAUGAAGAUGAAGAAAAAUAUGCCGACAAUGCAGACAUGCCGGGUACAAAAGUUGACAGUAAACAACGAAUUACUGUUCGUAAUUUACGUAUAAGAGAAGAUACUGCAAAAUAUUUGAGAAACUUAGAUCCAAAUUCUGCAUACUAUGAUCCAAAAACAACCAUGAGAGAUAAUCCGUAUCAAGGAAGAAAAAAUCCAGAAGAGUUACAGUAUGCUGGAGAUAAUUUUGUUAGAGUUACCGGAGAUACAGAAAAACAUUCUCGGACACAGGUGUUUGCUUGGCAAGCAUACGAAAAAGGCAUGGACAUCGUGUCCGAACCUACAAAAGUGGAACUAUUGUUCAAUCAGUUCAAAGAGAAAAGGGAAGAAUUGAAACGUAGGAUGAAAGAAAAAAUUUUAGAGAAGUAUGGGGGGCAAGAACAUUUUCAAGUCCCUUCAAAUUAACUUAUGUUUCCACAAAUGGAACAAGAUUAUGUAAAGAUGUAAAAAGCAGAAGUUGAAAAAAAAAUAACAAGAAUUAUAAAUUAUUCUGAUGCGAGUAUAUAAAAGUCAUUUUUGUUUUAAUGAAAACUUUAAAAAGAGUAAUGACUGGACCAUUGGAUUAUGAAAAUCCUAAACCAAAGAAAAUAUAUUUUAUCGAGUUAACUGGCUAACUGAGGCAUUGCUAUCAACCUACUGCUCUGGGGACCCAGGUUUGAAUUUGAAUGAGCAACUGCAGGAAUUAUUUACGGAUGGUCUGUCCCUGAUAUGUCAAGCUUUUUGUGAGCCUGUCUGAUUCCACGAUGCCUGUCUAUUACUUAUAGUAAAAUAAAGUAGUUGAUUGGUGAUUAUGGUGUCUCCCGAUGUGAUAAUUUCUAGAAAAUAUAGUUCACUUCAUUUUUUUGCUUAUAAUUUCAGAAACUUUGACAGAACAGGAGAAUACCCAAUAAUUAAAUGAUUUCUGCUACUCAUUAACUCCACAUCUGCAAUUGAUCCUCAAGAAUUUCGAGAAUGAGGGGCCACGAAGGAAUGGUCUUUUGUUUUUUCCUUUCACACUGGACAUAUGUGGAACCAAUGUAAAAUUCAUCUGUGCUUGUGAUCACUAGACAGCGGGUUUUAGGAAAAUGUGUUUUAAAAAUAAUUGUAUUUUUCAUCUUUAUUUUCUAGUUUAAAAGUCCCUAAAUUAAAAGGCUAGUUUAAAAAGCCCUUUUCAAGGAGACAAAUUUUAAGAGUUAGCCAAAUCAAUAUAAGUAAAAAAAUGUAUAACAACAAACACCUACAAAAUAACAAAAUAAUUGUAAAGACAGACAAAAAAUAAAUGCUUUUGAUAACAUU